AGCAGCAGCAGCGCGAGCUCAGAAGUAGCGACACAGGCUUCAGAGGUGGACGCGCGCGGUCCUUCUAGAUGACAGACCUAACGUAAACAUACCUUUUUCUGUCUCUUUAUCAUCUCAACACACAGUCAUUUCGUCUCCCUGGAAGCCUGGAGAAGAAGAAUGACCGACGAAGGAAUGCUAAUCUCACCGUCGGCUCUCCAGGAUCCCGGAGAUGGAGCGAAAACUGAAGACAUCGGUAUGGAUUGUACGGACGGGGAAGAUGAAUUGUGUUUGGAGGAGAUUUUAACACUGUACAGUCAACCGAUCAAUGAGGAGCAAGCCUGGGCCGUGUGUUAUCAGUGCUGCAGGUGGUUAACUCAAAAACAGAGACGGAAAGAGAAAGGUGUGAGUCCACCUGGACGGAUUGCGGGUCCUGGAGAUGUGAGGAUCCGGAAGGACGGGACUGUUAAAUUAUAUCAACAGAGCAGUCCAGAUAAACACAUUGAACCGCCCAGUUCAUCAAUAGAGAUCAUAGAGUCUCUGGGAAUAAUGAUCUACAAGGCUUUGGAUUACGGCCUGAAGGAGCAUGAGGAGCGAGAACUCAGCCCUCCUCUGGAGCAACUCAUCGACCUCAUGACCAACAUGGCAGACACAGAAACAGACUGUCCUGAUGAGGGAUACGAGGCAACGGAAGAAGAGGAUGAGGGAGAGGAAGAACCUACAGAAGUCUCCAACAUUCGUGGCUACCGUGACAUCAUUUCUCUCUGCACGUCUCACCUCCCCAGCCCGACGGAUGCCCCCAACCACUACCAGGCCGUAUGCCGAGCCCUGUACACAGAGACCAAGGAGCUACGCACCUUCUUGGAGAAGAUCAAGUGUGCCAAAGAGAAUUUGCGAAAGAUGGAAGGAGAAACACAGGAGCCCGUCAAAGACCUGAAUGAGUUGCAAAAUGCUGACUGGGCACGGUUUUGGGUGCAGGUAAUGAGGGACCUAAGACAUGGUGUGAAGCUGAAGAAGGUCCAGGAGCGUCAAUAUAACCCUCUACCCUUCGAGUACCAGCUCACGCCUUAUGAGAUGCUCAUGGAUGACAUCCGCUCGCAACGCUACAAACUUCGCAAGGUCAUGGUCAAUGGUGACAUUCCUCCGAGGUUAAAGAAGAGUGCCCAUGAGGUCAUACUGGAGUUCAUUCGAUCCAGGCCUCCACUGAAUCCUGCUUCUGCUCGUAAGCUUAAGCCUCAUCCUCAAAUACCUCCAAGUCUUCAUGAACGUAUCCUGGAAGAGAUCAAGUCGGAGAGAAAGCUGAGGCCUGUCUCACCUGACAUGCUCCGUAGAAGUCGACUCGUAAUGUGCCCACUUAGCAUGUCUGUCAGUUUUGACUCAUCAGGCGCAGGCAAAAGUAUGAGCACCCCACAGGACUUGUUCCGAAGCUCAGACAUCCAUGACGGACCCCGAAAGUUGGCCGUCAGCACACUGUCCCUGGCCAAUGGCACGACGCCGACUCGGAGCCCUGUAAACGGUGUAGCCGGAGGACAGCCGCUGUCCCAGAGGAAGAGGUUGCUCAAAGCACCUACGCUGGCUGAGCUCGACAGCUCAGACUCUGAUGAGGACCAAAACACUCGAAAAUCCGACAGCAGCUCCAGCAUAUCCACCUCGCUGGUUGAGGACACAUCUCCAGAGUCCGUCGUGGGCAAAAAGAUUCCUCCAAAGUUCCUUCCCAUAUCUUCCACUCCUCAACCUGACAAACGCUUCGCUCCGCAGAGGAGGCACUCCAUAGAGAAGGAAGCUCCCACCAGCGAACGGUCUUUCCUGCCUCCGUCUCGCCAGAACUCCAAAUCUCUGCUGUCUUCGGACAACAAGGCUCACGCAUUAGGCAGCGGUCGUGUGGAGGAGUUCUGCUACCCUGUCGAGUGCCUGACUUUGACCGUCGAGGAGGUGAUGCAUAUCAGACAGGUUCUUGUCAAAGCAGAGCUGGAGAAGUUCCAACAGUAUAAAGAGGUUUAUAAUGCGCUGAAGAAAGGAAAGCUUUGCUUCUCGUGUCGGACGAAGAAGUUCUCGCUCUUCACCUGGGCCUACACCUGCCAGUUCUGUAAGAGGCCUGUUUGUUCACAGUGUUGUAAAAAGAUGAAGUUGCCCUCCAAGCCCCAUGCCAGCCUACCCAUCUCCUCUCUGGGUCCCAGCAUUCUGCCCAAAAAGGAGUCUGGAGCAUCAGCCCCGGCAGAGAAGACCUCCUCCGCAUCCAGCCUCAAGCGCCACAGCUUUCAGCGUUCCAUGUCCAGAUCAUCAAAGCACGGCGAGCGCUCGUCCUCCAAAGACGAGCUGGAGCUUCCCGAGCAGUUCACAGAAGACUGGAGCACCAUGGAGGUCUGCGUGGACUGCAAGAAGUUCAUCAACGACAUCAUCAGCAACAGCAGGCGUAACCAGACCACCAAACGUGCCCGUCUGCACCGCAGGACCCAUUCAGUCUACAUGUCCAACACCAAUUCUUCCCACUUCAAACCUUCAGAACGGACUAUCAAAGAGGUUUAGGAUCCCAAGUGCUCGGAACUUUCACGGUGUGGUCCUCCUUCCUAUAAAAACGUUCCUGUUUAUACUGUUCUCGCCUGUUGUGAACGUGCCAGACAGAAAUAAGCUUGCUAUGUGAAAGGUGUACGGCCACUCUUAUUAGCUUUGUAACGUACCUUCGAUACCUCUUCUUUUCCAUUUAAAAAGUGCCAGAGGUGAAGGAAUAAAGCCGUCCCUCUUCCAGCAUGAGUCCUUAAAAGCACCAGCCUUCUCAGGAAAUGGUUUGAUUCUGCGAUUGGAGCUUUGGAAUGUAGUUUAACACACUUUAAACCAGCUUUCCUCAAAAACAGAUGAAUCUGAAUUAACACGGAAUGAAAUGAAAAUGACAGUGUGAAAAAGAAAACGCAAGGCUGCUUUGAUUACUGAAAGAACCAAGGCCUGAAUGUACAUUUUUCAAUAUAGUAAAGAAAAGCAGUUCAAUUGUAUGUAAAUAGAGAUGUAAAUAGGCAUCCAAAAGGACUAAUUUUCCCCUUUUAGGAAGAACUAGUCUGACUGUUGAUGAACUCAAAAUCAAGUCUUACCAAAUGUUUUUCUUAUUGAACGUUAAAAUCGCUGCUGUAACAGUGACACGGUCCAAAUGAAUGGCGUUUUAGAUAAUUACAGAGAGUACUUGCAGAUAUAUAUUUUUCCUCUGAUGGCUGUGUUUUUGAGCUUUUAGUAAAAGACGAGGGCAAAGAUGUGUUUUUUUUAGAGCGGAUGCUAAAAGCUGUAGUGUUUCUUAAUGGAGCGAUCGGCUGUGCCAAACAAAUCUCCACAAUCUAAGCAAUAUGUGUCUUGGACCUGAUGUACAUAGUCAGUAACAUUUACCGGAGAUAGUGACGGCCCGAAGGGGGAAACCAUCGCUCUCUUUUAAAUAGGAAGGACUUUUGUAGGAUUUGUUUAUGUACAUAUACUGUAUAUCUCAUCUGUUAAAAUAGGCUCUAUUGUUCUAAAGUUAUAUGAUUUAUAUUAUUAAUAAUGAUUUUUAUUUUGAAGUGUCAAAUUUUGCUUAUCUUUUCAGGUUCAUUUUGAACCUUCACUCAACUUCUAAAUAUAUUUUGUAAUAUUUCAACCAUGUUUAUUUUGAUGUCUUAAAACUUUGUAAAUUAUGUUAUGUAAUAUUAUUAAUUACUCAUUUUGUGCAAUGAAAGACCCUGGGAGUCUUUAACAUCUCGUAAUAUGAAGGUACUUCAGUCUUGUCAGGGUUUUUGGAAAGAUUUGUUCAGUUUUUCCUUACUUUAUAAAACACGUACACACUUAUACACAUGCACUUGUUCUUCUGUUUUGUGCAAAACUGACUGUACUGCCUUCCUCUAAGCUAAAGAAUGAUUGGUGUGCAUGAUGAAAUCUAUGAUUUUUUUUUAGACUAAGAAACAGAAUUGCCAAUAAAUAAAGCAUUUGAAAAUUGAA